GGCGGGCCCGCCCUUAACGCGUAGAGGGGGCGGGGCUCGUCGCCAGGCAUGUUGGGAAUUGUAGUCUCUCCUGUGCUCCAGAGUGGCCGCUCGCGGAGCUGCAGGAAUACAAGUUCCAGGAUGCGCUGGGCGCGGGGGCCGUGCCCUCUCCUGUCGGGGGCGGCGGCGCGUCCCGGGCGGUUUGCAGAGCUCGCUGGCUGCUCGGUCCCGCGGCUGGUGCUUUCCCAGGAGGGACGUGGGCGCGACGCGGAGCCCCCCGAGCGGUUCUUGCUGCUGCCUGGUGGGAGCCGGUGGCCGAGCCAGAGCCUUGCGGGGGAGCCAGCUUGUCUCCGAGAGAGGUCUCGUUUCUGAUUCCUGAGUGUGGGAUACUAUCGAAAGAACUGAAGAACCUCGUCAUGGAAACUGGACCCUAUUACUUCGUGAAGAACUUACCUCUUCAUGAGUUGAUUACACAGGAAUUCAUCAACACCUUUGUGAAGAAAGGUUCGUGCUAUGCGCUAACACACAACACAAAUAUUGAUGAAGAUAAUACUGUUGCCCUGCUGCCAAACGGGAAAUUAAUUUUAUCACUGGACAAAGACACUUACGAAGAAACUGGCCUUCAAGGUCGUCCAUCUCAAUAUUCUGGCAGAAAAGUCAUGAAAUUUAUUGUUUCCAUUGAUUUGAUGGAUUUAUCCUUUAACCCGAAUUCUAAGAAGUACGAAAGAAUAUCUUGGUCCUUCAAGGAAAAGAAGCCCUUGAAAUUUGAUUUUCUUUUGGCUUGGCAUCAUACAGGUGCAGAAGAAUCAACGAUGAUGUCAUACUUUUCCAAUUACCGGAUUCAGGAGCUUCAACCAAAAAUAGCCCUGAGCACAGUGACAGAGCUGCAGUGCCCGGUGCUGCGGAGCGGGGCGCUCCAGGGAGAGCCAGAGGCGGCCUGCAGCGCCCCCGAGCUUCUGGACUGGCUGGGCGCCGUCUUCAGUCGCGCGGAUCUCACCAACGAGCCUAAUAGCUUCGUAUCGACCUACUGCUGUCCUCAGCCAAGCACAGUGGUGGCAAGAGCUUAUUUGUGUACGAUCACGGGUUUCAUACUUCCGGAGAAGAUCUGCCUCCUCUUGGAACAGCUGUGCCACUACUUUGAUGAACCAAAGUUGGCUCCUUGGGUUACGUUGUCAGUACAAGGCUUUGCAGACAGUCCUGUUUCGUGGAGAGAAAAUGAACAUGGUUUUCGAAAAGGAGGAGAGCAUUUAUACAACUUUGUGAUUUUUAAUAAUCAGGACUAUUGGCUUCAGAUGGCUGUUGGGGCAAAUGAUGACUGUCCACCAUAAAAAAUAUAAAACUUAAAAUCA